AUGGCCACGCCCAGGCCGUCCAGCAGCCAUCGCAAGUCUUCCAGCGGAACCAAGACGUCACGUCCCAAGUUUAUCAAUGCCAAGCCUGUCGAAUUGGCAGAUGAUGGUUCGCACUUCCACGAAUUUGCUUCUGAGAAGACUCGUGAUGACGAUUGGAUCCGACAUGAUACCUCUGGUGCCAAGUGCAAGCUCACGAUCAAUGACACUUUGACCAAGGAGAACCGCAUCCGCCGUAUCGCCAAGGAAGCUGAGGAAGAAGACGAACUGGAAGCUGGCAGCGCUGAUGACGCCUCUGGCAGCCAAGGCGAGGAUGAAGACGACUCUGGCGAGGAGAAUGAAGACGAUGAGGAUGAUGACGCUUCUGACAAUGACUCCGAAUCUGACGAGGACGAUCUCGCAGAGGAGGCAGAUGAUUUCGAUCUGUCUGAGGGCUAUCACACUGAUGAGGAGACGGGCUUUGCCUCGUCAGACGACUCUGACGUGGAGGAGGAUGGGAACAUGGUCAUGUGGACGCUGAGCAAGAGUCCGGCCAUUCGGCCUACACCUCCCAUUACUCUCGCUAGACGUCCCUCACUGCAGGAUCAACCUUCUGAUUCUUCCACUACGACCGGCAGCCCGCGCGUCCGUCGUUCAAAGAGGCAGCGCAUCAAGCCCCAGCAGCCCACCGUCGACCUCCCCGACAGCACCGACUUUGUAUGUGGUACUCUCGACGAAGAUCGCCCCCUCGAGGAGGCUUAUCUGUCUUGCAUGGCUGCGCGUCGCAACGAAAAGCUUCGCGUCAUUCCUCAGGACAUUGAUCCCAGCUUCCCGGCCUCGGAUCCUGAGGAUGAGGACGAGGACUUGUACAACCCUGUGCACCACGACAGCGAUGAUGAGGACUUUCUUCCUGGUAACCAUGUAAAGUUCAACCUUGCCGCGCGCCCCGGGUUAACGACCACCAAAUCAUUGCCUCGGCCUGGCGCUGGGUUUGUGAAGCAAUUCCGCAACCACCCCAAACUCGCACAGGACGAUGACAUUCAUGUGCGAGGAGCACUCGACAUUGUCAAAGGCCUCGAGGGAAAGCGUCAGCGCCGCAAGGAGAAGUUUUACCAGAAAUAUUGCAAUCGAGCCCGUCGGGGGCAAAUCCCCGAGCGCAAACCGCAGAAGCCAGGCCACGGCGCGGAGCCACAUCAAAUCGACACUCUAUACGAGCACGCCGCCAUCAUGUGGAUUGUCAACUGGUUCUACGAUGUUCUCUCCUCGCUUGGCUUGCUGAACAAGCAUGCUAAGCUCCUCUUCCUCGGUCUCGACAACGCUGGCAAGACGACGCUCCUACACAUGCUCAAGAACGACCGCGUCGCUAUUCUCCAGCCCACUCUCCACCCGACAUCCGAGGAGCUCGCCAUCGGCAAUGUCCGCUUCACAACCUUUGACCUGGGAGGUCACCAGCAGGCCCGUCGCAUCUGGCGUGAUUACUUUCCCGAAGUCAACGGUGUCGUCUUCUUGAUCGAUGCCAAGGACACCGAGCGCUUCGCGGAGGCAAAGGCAGAGCUCGAUGCACUCUUAUCGAUUUCGGAACUAUCCAAUGUUCCCUUUGUCAUUCUUGGCAAUAAAAUCGAUCACCCUGAUGCAGUAUCCGAGGAUACCCUUAGGCACGAGCUGGGGCUGUAUCAAACAACAGGCAAGGGCAAGGUUCCUCUCGAGGGAAUCAGGCCCUUGGAGGUCUUCAUGUGCUCCGUGGUCUGUCGCUCUGGAUAUGGCGAGGCUAUCAGAUGGCUGUCGCAAUACGUUUGA